CUUUCAGACUGGAAAAAUGAUAUAAUUGCGAUUAAUUAAGGAUUAAAGUGAAAAUGAGGAUAAUUUGACAUCUGUAUACUCGCAACCAACCACAGAACAGGCAUUUGCCAUAUUGUUUAGUCUCAAACCCAAAAGUGCUUAUUUUGCGAGAUUAAUAAAAGCGAUCUGUUUAACGUAUUCACUUUGGUGCUACACUUUAUAACCGCUGUUGUGUUUCGUCACACUACUAUUAUACGUUAUACAGGAAGAGAAGAGUUUUAUUUCCGGGUGGCAUUUAUAUAAAUAAUGUUUAAGUAACGCCAAUUUGAUCUGUUUUUCCUUCGAGUUCGGCUUCACAUGCGAACAUUAUGGUCGUGCGGGGAAGUUACAAUCGAAGGUUCCAGCUGCAUCACAAAACGGUGCCAGUGACCACGAGGCCUUUUACAGUGUGACAUGGAACGAUUAGCGUCUCGUCGUCGUUGCUUUGUUAAGCGGAACAUGAGAAUUCCAUUCACUCAUCCAUUCCCCCCACGCGCGGCCCCGAUGCCGCCUAAUUAAAUCCCCGAUGCCGCCUUACGCGCGGCCUUAUCUUGAAUACGUCAUGUGCCAAAUGGAACGUGACGCAUCCGAUCCAUACCUAGACGGUUGGGAAGCCGUCACUGCUGAAGCAAUUCGCCAUAUUGAAGAAAAGUACACGUCAGGCAGCCGGACAUCACUCGACAGUUGGCCCUCUUCGUCCACUCCGAGUGUGUCAGGUUUACCUUAUCUAUCCAGGAAGGAUCGCCCGAAAUCCGACUCGUGCGUCGAACCCACCUGUUUGCAAUUCGUAUUGCCAUCGAGGCGCACCGCUUCGGAAAAACUCGGCGGUCGAACCACUGUCACUUUCAAUCCUCACUGCCAACCCAAAGAAACGGAAACAAAUCUAGAAUCAAAACUAAAAGACAUACGUUACAUAGACGACAGUGCCAAGAGUUCAUUAUCUGCCAGCUUAACCGAUUAUCCUUGCUCUCCACCCCUGCCAGCAUCCAAGCCACUUCACCUUCCCGAAGAGAACAAAUUAGACGAGGAAACCGAAACUGCUGUUGCAAGUCCAACUACAGAAUCGUCAAAAAUCGGAGGAACCACAGACCAAUCUACAGAUUCGGUUGAAAUUAUCCAUAAUCAAAAUAAGCACGAUGUGGAUAGUCAAAGUGUCUAUUCUCUUUAUAUGGAAAAAGAUUUCAGGUAAGUCUCAUAAAUUGCCCAUAAUAUCUAGUAUAGUGAUGUCAUAUAUCUCGAUUUUUCGUGGCAUUGCACAUGCAUUUCGUUUCGUCAAUUUUAUAAUCGAACUUAAACACAAAACAAAGCAAAAUUCGUAAGACGAUUAAAUAAUAACCGGGCCUAAUUUAGACUCUUUAGGGACCUAAAGAAAUUAAUAUGUACUAUCCAUCGUUAUUUUGUAGAAGGGUCUCUUAUAUAAGUUAUUAUAAUAUAUGAGGACCUUCCAUAGAAUAACAAAAAACAUUUUAGUAAUGUUGUCGUCCUAAACUGUAAUAGAUAAUAGGCCUUUCCACUUAAUAGUAAUGGACAAUACAUAGACUAUUAUAUUUUUCUUUUUAAGGAUGAAGCAAGGAUCUUCGUAGCGUGAGUACUUAAACUGUAGUUUACGUGCAAAUUCGACUUUGAUAAUUGAUUUUAAUUUAAAUAUUUAUAUUUCUCAUACG